AUGUCGGUGAUCGUCUUCAUCCUAUUCGUCUUCCUCACUGCAGCCUCAAAGGCAACGGCGACUGCAAACACACAGCUACCCUCCUGCAAAGCCAAGUGCGGUGAUAUUGACAUCCCCUACCCGUUCGGCAUCGGCGACGGCUGCUACGCGGAGGAGUACGGGGACUUCAGCAUCAACUGCACGGACGAUUCCACAGCCUACUUGAGCACCGGCAAUAUUGAUAUUCUGGACAUCGCCUUGGCCGGCGAGCUGCGAAUCGCUGGGUUGACCGACUACGACUGCUAUGAUCGGAGAGGAGAAAAUAAAUUCUCCAACUCGUCGAUUGGUCUCGGCGAUCUACCGUUUACGUUCUCGCACACCCAGAACAAGUUCGUUGUCAUCGGGUGUGACACGUUUGCUUUCAUCCAGGACGUAGAUGGCGUGGGCUACACCGGUGGCUGCACAUCCUACUGCACGACCCUCGACAGCUUCAAGGGCAUGCCGAAUGGCAGCAGCUGCUCGGGCUUGGGCUGCUGCGAGGUUCCAAUUCCCAGAGGCAUCAAGCACUUCUCCACGACAAUGGGCACCUUCCACAAAUACAACUAUUCCUUUGAUUUCAACCGAUGUGGGUUCAUAUUCCUGGCUCAGCAGGGUCAAUACACUUUCAGUGUCUCUGAUCUGAGGUCUAAUAGAUUACGGAAUGAAACUCUGCCUAUCGUUCUCGACUGGUCCAUCGGCAAUCAAACCUGCGAGGAAGCCAAGAAGAAUCCGAACAUUUCCUACGCGUGCCGCAGCGACAACAGCGAGUGCAUCGUGUCCAACAACGGCGUGGGGUACCUCUGCAACUGCUUGAAGGGUUACCAGGGCAAUCCCUACCUCGCAAGGGGCUGCCAAGGUAUGAUCAGUAUGCCGGAAUUUCUUGUGUUAUGA